AUGUGGGAGCUAGUGUCACCUGUAAGGUCUCUAGAAGAUGUCCAAGUGACUGAAAAAAACAAGGUUGAAAUUUAUAAGAGUUUCCGCACAGGUGACAUUGUCUUGGCCAAAGUGAUAUCCCUAGGAGAUGCACAGGCCAAUUACUUGCUGACCACGGCUGAAAACGAGCUCAGGGUGGUGGUGGCUCACAGUGAAUCCGGUGUCCAGAUGGUUCCCAUUAGCUGGUGUGAGAUGCAGCGCCCGAAGACCCACACAAGCCAGAAAGUGGCCUGAGUAUAGCCUGAAUUCUUGCAGACCUAA